AUGAGCAAUAUUCCUGAUCUUUCCAUUCACACUAUGGAAGAUGGCACCGUUGUUAAUACUAAAGAUCGUAUUUGUAAAAGUGUGGAACCACCGGCAUUCCAGAAACCAACCGAUGCCGAACUCUGGUCCAACGAAAGACCUGGAUGUCCAAACCUUGGAUUUCUUAGAGAACAUUUAAGAAGAGAAGGAAGAUUAACAGAAGAACAAGCAUUACAUAUUUUAACUUCUACACGAGAUAUUUUGAGAGGGGAGCCUAAUCUUUUACGGAUGCCUGCUCCUAUCACCAUUUGCGGUGACGUACAUGGCCAAUUUUAUGACGUUUUGAAGUUAUUAGAAGUAGGUGGAAAUCCUGCUGACACCAGAUACCUCUUUUUAGGCGAUUAUGUCGAUCGAGGUUAUUUCUCAAUUGAGUGCGUUCUUUAUCUUUGGGCUCAUAAAAUGUGGUACCCAGAUUCUUUCUUUUUGUUACGUGGUAACCAUGAAUGUCGUCACUUGACAGAAUAUUUCACUUUUAAACUUGAAUGCGAAACCAAAUAUUCUGAAAAAGUCUAUAAUGCGGUUAUGGAAUGCUUUGAUAGUCUUCCUUUAGCAGCUGUUGUGAACGAUCAAUUUCUUUGCGUGCAUGGCGGUCUUUCUCCCGAAUUAAAGACAUUAAAGGAUAUCGAAGAUAUUGAUAGGUUUAGGGAAACUCCGACAAGUGGAUUGAUGUGCGAUUUACUUUGGUCAGAUCCUUUUGAAGAAUUUGACAAUGAUGCAGGACCAAAGUUUGAACAUAAUCAUGUACGUGGAUGCUCAUAUUUCUACAGUUAUCGUGCUGCCUGCAGCUUUUUGGAAAAAAAUCAUCUUUUAUCAGUCAUCCGUGCGCAUGAAGCACAAGCCAACGGGUAUCGCAUGUAUCGAAAGAACAAGUCAACUGGCUUCCCUGCGCUCAUGACGAUUUUUUCGGCACCAAACUACAUUGAUGUGUACAAUAACAAAGCAGCUGUACUUCGGUAUGAUAAAAGUGUACUAAACAUCCGACAAUUUAACGCCAGUCCUCAUCCAUAUUGGUUACCCAAUUUUAUGAACGUCUUUAAUUGGAGUCUACCAUUCGUUGGAGAAAAAAUCACAUCAAUGCUUUUAGGUCUAUUGAAUAUAUGCUCACAAGAAGAAUUAGCUGCAACUCCCGAAGAAAAGGCCAUUGAAACACCCGUGAUAAUUGUACCUGACAACGACAUGUCACCCGAACAAAGACGCCAAAUCAUCAAGAACAAAAUUUUAGCCAUCGGUAAAAUAUCACGUACGUUUUCUGUGCUUCGUGAAAAUUCAGAGUUGGUGAUGGAGUUGAAGAAUUUAUCUGGUACUGGUAGAUUACCCAAGGGUACAUUAGGGUUAGGAUCCGAAGGCAUUCGGAAAGCAAUUACAACAUUUGAAGAAGCUAGAAGAUCAGAUAUUGAGAAUGAGCGCCUGCCACCUGUAUCGAGAGAAUCUAUGGAAGCUAUUCAUCAAGAAGAGACAAACUCAAAACUGAGACAAGCUAUUGUUGAACAAGAUGACAAUUUGUCACAUAUGGCAGAUAUUAUUGCCUCCGUACCUAAUCGAUCCCCUCUCUCUCCAAAAACUUAA